AGAAGCUCUCAUACUCAAAUUACCCGCCCCCUCAUCCUGACCAAAAUUGAAACCCCGGACAACCAUGGCAACCAUUGCCACAACCUUAUUGUGCGCUACAAGGCCCCGCUUCUCUGCUUCUAAAAUUGGAGUCGAGAACCGAAAGCAUGCCAAUUCUUGUGUAGGUACUAUUCGGGAUCUAAAACCGGUUGCGGGUCUUCUUGGUGCGGGUUUGGCUGUGGUUUUCGUUGGAAACGCCUCAGCUGCUGGUUUACCUUCGCUGGAUCAACUCAGUGAGCCCGCCAAUGCGUUGUCUCUGCCCACUUGGGCUAUACAUGUAUCCAGUGUUGCUGAGUGGAUUGCGGCAAUGGCCCUGGUGUGGCAAUAUGGGGAGAAAUCUGAGUUUGAAUCUUGGAAGGGACUUUCUUGGGGCAUGGUACCUCUGCUUGGGGGAGCAUUCUGUGCAUGCACAUGGCAUUUCUUUUAUAAUUCUGAAAGCCUUGAGGUAUUGGUGGCUCUUCAGGCUGCAUUAACAGUGAUAGGCAAUGCCACAAUGUGUUUCGCUGCUUUUCGUAUAUAUAAGGCAUCAGAAGGACGAUCCAAGAAUCUUUGAAGGUGCUGGACACUGCAUGUGGAAGCUUCCACAUUAUGAAGUAAAUGGAUUUCAAGACUGGAUUAUUCUUUGUAUAAACAAGGGGUGAGGAGCAUUGAUUGAUAGGGUUAUGCUACUUACAAGCAGUUUCAUGGCAUCACUAAUUUGUUCGAGUAUGAGCAUUGCAAGGGAAAUGAUAGGUAUAAGCAACGCAAAAACGCGUACUAGAUACAUAUGAAAUAAAUACCAAGCGUGAAGUGUCUGCACACUUUAGGUCUAACCCUAAUCAUGCCAUUUUGAAUGGAGAAGGAAGAUUCAUUUGUAGGAGACUACUACCACUCAUGCCCUCUCUUAUUAUAUCAUCUUUUACUACUGCUGCUACUAAAAUCCAUGGUGAGGUUGAUGAAAUGAAAUAGUCAACAAAGAAAUGAAAUUCUCCUGCAUAUUCUUUCAAGUGCCCCAAAAAAUGGUACACUGGUUUUUGACGUUGUUCGCAUGCAUGAUUAAUCGUGAUAGCUGUGCAUGAUAGCUGCAGGUCCCCCCCUAGGAACUAAUUUUACA